CAUCUCUACGGGAUCCGCAAACCGAAGAACGCCCCGAUAGAAGUAUCCUCUUCGACUAGUCUAGCGUUCACUUCUACGUUGUCGAGUUUACUACCGAGUAAGAAUAAGGAGGAUAUCUUUAGUUCGCAUAAUAGGAAUACGAAGAAGCGGGCCGCGAGGGAUUUAGAAGAUGAGGAGAGGGGGAGACAGGAUAUUGGAGGUGUGGAUGAGGAUGUGUUGCAUAGGUCGAAGCGGAAAAUGGAGCAAAAGGCGAAGUUGUAUUCGAGGAUGAAGAGGGGUGAUUAUGUGGCCGCGGAGGGGGAAGCAGAUGGGCUUGUGGAUUUUGAUAGGAAGUGGGUUGAGGGCGGAAAGGAGGAGGAGAGUGAGGUUGAGAGUGACGAUGGACAGGGGGAGAUGGUGGAUUAUGAGGACGAGUACGGGCGUGCGAGAAGGGGGACGAGGGCUGAGGCCGAGAGGAUGGAGAGGAGGAAGAUGAAUAAAGUGUUAGGGGCAGAGGAGCUGGAUAGGAUGAGUGCGAGACCGGCUAUGCCGAAGACGGGACUUAUUUAUGGGGAUACGGUGCAGAGCAUGGCGUUCAAUCCGGAGGAAAGCGUGGUGCAGAAGAUGGAGGAGAUUGCGAGGAAGAGGGACAGGAGUAUGACGCCGCCAGAGAUGAAGCACUACGAAGCGGACAAGGAAAUUAGGAGCAAGGGCGUUGGAUUCUACAGCUUCUCGAAGGAUGAAGGUUUGAGAGGCAAGGAGAUGGAGGCGUUAGAGAAGGAGAGGUUAGAGACUGAAAGAGUCAGAAAAGAAAGAGAGGCAAAGAAGGAGAAAAGGAGGUUGGAAAUCGAGGAGAGAAGGAAGGCCAUCGGAGAGAAAAGAGCCAGAAAGCAGGCAGACUCUUUCUUGGACGGACUA